CUUGUGCUGAUAUGAAAUUGGUUUGGUCAUUCCCUCUGGCGCUGUAAAAAAAAAAGGAAAAAAAAAGCUUGCUCUCUGAAACCACUCCCUCUAACAAGUAUGAGCAGGCAAAGAUGAAAUAGCAGAUCAACACAGGGAGGUUCCACCCCUUUCAGCACAGCAAUUUGGGUGGUAGUCUGUUCCACAAACCUGAUCAGCUUCUGACAUUAGAACACCUAACAUCAGAACUAUGACUUUAGUUCUUCUUCUGUUAUGACUGAAGAUGUGUAGGAUAAAAGCCUGGACUAAAAACCUGUCAAACAUACUGCGUUCUUCUACACAAGUACUCAGAGGGCUGAGGAACCAGGUGCUGAGUUGAGGACUGCUCUGGCCUACAGCAGUCAUCAUGGACCUGACACUAUGGCAGUACCAGUUCCGCAUCAUCAUGCUGGGCGACUCUACCGUGGGCAAGUCGUCAAUGCUGAAACGCUACACAGAGGACCAAUUUCUGGAGUGUAUCAAUCAGACGGUUGGAGUGGACUUCUAUGUGCACUUCCUGGAGGUGGAGCCCGGAGUGAGAAUCAAGCUGCAGUUCUGGGACACAGCCGGCCAGGAAAGAUUCAGGUACAGCACUCUGACCACAGGUCGGUGACCCGCUCCUACUAUAGGAACUCGGUGGGCGCGCUGCUCGUCUUCGACUUGGGAAACCGCGCGUCGUUUGAGCGCGUGCGCGAGUGGCACGCAGAGGUGCGCGAGCACGUGCGGCCUCACGCCGUGCUCUUCGUGCUGGUGGGCCACAAGAGUGACCGCGAGGCGGACGGGGAGCGGGUGGUGGGCCGGGAGGAGGCCGAGAAACUGGCUGCCCAGCUCGGGGCGCCCUAUGUGGAGGCGUCCGCCAAAACAGGACACAACAUCCAGGCUCCGUUCGAGUUGCUGACCCGCCGAGUCUACCAGGGGCUGCUGGCGGGGGAGGUGCAGCUGAGGGAGGGCUGGGACGGAGUGAAGAGCUCAGCUCCACUCAGCCAGAAGACCACCAACACGACCACCACCAAACUGGAGAAGAGCGAGGCUGAGACACAGAGCAAGAGCUGCAACUGCUAGCUGAGCUCUCCUUCACACCCUGCUCAGAUUUACUAGCUACCGUAUAUGAGUGACUGAGGGCAGAAGAGGGUAAACCAGAAACACUAGUGCUGAACUUCGAUCAGGUAGUCACAAGACUCUGCCCUGAAAUAAAGAGGAAGUAAUAUUUCCAAUUUAACAUUCAAUCUUCCCUGCAGAUGUGUUGACAAUAUACACAAUGACGGAUGUUUCUAGAAGUGGGGACAGCUGUUUACCUUUGAGGUUAUAUAAUAUCUACACCCCAAUAUUUACUAUUCUGAACACUCAAUUUUUUAUAUAUAUUUUCAAUUAUUGCAGAUACUUAAGUGACCUUAAGAUGAGCUUACAAACUAGUUAACUGAUUCUGAUUAGAAAGAAUAAACUAUAGGUGUGAAAGUACCUUAAAUACAAGAACCAGGUUUACUGGAUUUAAAAUCUCUAGAGUGACUUUGCCUCAGAACUCUUUUUGGUGCUACAUAGAACUAUGUUUACUUUAACCUGGCAAAGGACCGAGCAAUCAUUUCUAAGGUUUCUUGGAUUGUCAUGGCACAAAGUGGAAAAAAGACCCAUGAAGAACUGAUGUUUAUGUUUAUCUCCAAACCCAGAUUAAAAAUUAGUUGUUUAAAGUUCCAAUUCUGUUAUGUACUGUCUCAGGUUAGUCUGACUGUUAUUUGAUUUUCUGUGGGAUGUAUAAUGUAAAAUUAGCUUGUUGUCCAUGUGUAUUUUAAUAUAUUGUGACCAUAUGUAAACUGGGUCUGACAGUAAAGCUAAAGGUUUUGUAUGGAAACAGGGCAUCUCACAAGAAACAACUUUAAAAUGCUUAAAAAGAUACUUUGCAAUAACACAAAACAUUUUGUAAAUGGUUCUAUAUAGCAACAGAGUGUAACAAUACAAAAAAAAACUUAAGGUCUAUAUAAAAUCAUUUUUGUUUAGAGAAUCAUGUUGGAUAUUUGUAAUAAAACAUGUCCUGUGCA